AUGGAGGGUGAACCAACGGAGAAGGCAUUUGCAGCUGACAUUGAAAAAAGCAAAACAGUCAGCCACCUGCGAAAAUUGAUAUGGGAGGAGAGGCAACAUACGUUCAGUAAUGUUGACGCAACAGAACUUACACUUUGGGCCGUAUCUGUACCAAUAGGGGAUGGAACCAUGCAAAUUGACUUAGCUGAGGCUGAGAAACGCAGAUUACUUCCUAGAUCAAAAAUUGCUAAUACAAUUUCAGAUAAUGAUCUUACUGAUGAAAGCUUCUACAUUGUUAUAGAGCCACCAACAGUUUCUCUCAAACGAACUUUUGAAGAUGAAGAAGGUAAUGAAACACACAGAUGGUUAUGUUCCCUGGAGGAAAACCAAGAGAAGCUUAAUAAGCAAAUCCUCAAAUCACAACAUACAAUCACAUCAGCAAUCAAUAUUGGAAAUAGAGUUGCAAAAGAAGGUGCAGUGGGUCUACAGUUUUUCAAUGAGUCCCCUUUAUUAUUAUGGAAAUAUUGGGCAAUGUUUAGAGAAUGUAGACUAUCAUCACAAAAUAAAAAGCUCUCUAUGACUUGUAGUAAGGAAGCUGAUACCCAAGAAAAAUUUAAUAAAUUUUUUGCAUUAAUAUUAAUGCAGCAAAACCCAUGGGUUCUUCAUGAUGCAUCAACCAAGAAUUACCUUAAGGAUCCAACAGCCAAGAUUGAUAUUGCCAUUCUUGAUGGAAAUAUACCCCUUUGGCCACAGCUUGUUUCAGCAAUUGAACUAAAGCACAAUUUAGUCUCAGAUCACCAUGAAGCAUUAGGACAGCUUGUGGUAGUGGAUAGAUUUGGGCACAUGUUUGAUUUCCAACAAGACAGGAAGUUUGCCAUUGGUGCUAUUGCCAGUGACUCACAUAUUGAAUUCAUACACAUGACCGGAGAUAUAAAUUCAAAAGUCUUAGGCUAUGUUUCACCUGAAGAUGAGAGGCAUUUAGUUGAUAGAAUUGGUGACAAAUUCAAGUUUAAAUCACUAAUUAGUAGGAGGCCAAUACCAAGUGAUCAAGGAACUUUUGUUGCUGUUGUCACUGAUCAUUAUAAUGAGAAAGCUGUAUUUAAGGCUUCUACAGAUGAUGAUGAACAUAUUAUUCUUGAAAACCUUGCAAUAUUGGAAUUUCUCAAGUAG